UGAGCCUUUAUAAGGGGGUAGUCAGCCACCCUGCCGUUGUUUCUGCUGCCAACUUCCAACUCAUGAUGCUGUUGUCCUGUCUGGCGGUGUUGCUGAGCUGUCGGCUGGCCGCCGGGUCGUACCCACUCAAGGGACGCUAUGGCCGCUCUAUGACAGCUGCCUGGCCUCCACUACCCGUCUACUACCCGCCACGAGCCGCUCGUCCCUUGUACUACCCGGAGAGUGAGUACUACUACCCGCAAGAGGCUUUCUACUACCCGGCAGUGGACAAAUACCCGGUAUACCAGUCGGUUAUACCCAGCUACUACGUGGACCAACAGCGUCCCUACUACUAUGGCUAUGACGAGAUUUCCGAGCCUGUAGACGACCUGCCGGAGGAUAUGAUGGAGGAAGACGACCGAAGCGACUCCCUGCCGUACGGCCAGGAGAGCUGGGCCUCCGACAGCAACGCCGACGUGAACGCGAGGUUCUUGCAGAAUCUGAUACUGGCUCAGAUGUACAACGACAAGUACGGUAGCGCCGCGGAGUCAGAGGAAGGCGACCGCUGGGUGUACGGAGAGCCUGUCAAGGUGUCCAAGCAGAAGACGAUGGCCAAGGAGGACGAGGACGUGAGAGAACUCAAGAGUCUGGUGAGGGGACCGGAGAGAGACCAGAGGAGAGACCGAUCAGACAAGAAAUCGAGAAAGCAGAAGGAAGACAUCUUCGCCGCCCAGACAAAACCCAACAACUGGGAUGAAUUUAGGUCCAGCAAUUACAAGAGAAGUAACGAUCUGAAGUUCUCGACACGCAAGACGUGGCAGCCUGCGACGACGGUCUCCCCUGCCGUGACCUCCCAGCCACUCCGCGGACAGAAGGAGGUGGUUCUCCCUCGACCCGCUAACCCUGUCCGCACGCCAGACUUCCACCAAUUCUCAACUCGUAGCUCGCAACGGGAACCGUCGGUGUUUGACACGAUAAAGAAGCUCCUGCACAUGGAAGAGCAACUUGAUGAGGAGGCUGGUGGAAGUCGACUCCAGAAGAGAUCCUACAUCCCCAGUGAAGAAUCACUUGUAGCUCAACUCGGGCGCCUUAAGAAGAUGGCCUAAGGAUCUUAAGAGCUCCCAGUGACUCACCAUCAACAGAGACGAAACUUCUCAACGAAUUAUAACAAGAAGAUUGAUUCAAACCCCAAACGAUUUGGAUAAUUAGGAUCCCAAUAAUUAGAUUUCCGGAAGGUUCUAAACUGAGAUAUUAUUUGUGUUUCAACAAAUGCAAAACAUUUCAAGAAAGUAAAUAGAGCAAGUAACAAAAGAAACACAGGUUAUACGCAUGCAAUUUUACAAUUUUGAACUUUUAACUGCAAUUUUAUCUGCACUAUAUACGAGGUGAUCAACUCCCACUGACUCAAUAAUUGUAGUUAUAUAACUGACUAUGAUAUUACGUCAAUAUCGUGUUGUAAACUAAACACUUUCAGCCCAAAAUUCAUAACGCACUGAGCCUUAUACUACCUAACUUAUAUAUACAAAAUUGUGCUUGGCUAAUCGAGUUAUACCCAGAUUAAAAGCCAAAGGUAGUCAACUCAGAACAUAAUUUUUCCAUUAGGCAAUUCCAAAAGGAAAUACCUGGUGGUUGUCUCGAUCACGCAAAGCGGUGUUGUGAUAUUUGAUUAUUGAGGUUUGCUGUUUUUACAAUAAUAAAUGUGCUCUCUUUAUUGUUGGAAAAUGUGCUGUAUUGAUAACAAUGAUUGAAAUUGUUUCUCUUAAGGUACUUUGAUCACAUUUUAUAUUGUGUGUUCCGGUAGGCACUAAUGCUAGUAAUCUCGUAAUUAAUAAAUGGAAAUGUUAAUUAAUUUUUAUAAAUAAUUAACCGUAGGAGAAAUUUCGCAUUUUUCAAUUUCAAAUCACGUUUGAAUCGUUUAAAAAGAAUGUUUAUAUUUUGUGAAGUCUUUUGAAACUAUUCUUAGAAACAUUCAUAGCGAUUAUAAUAAGCCCAUAUUGUGAUAUACGUUCCAAAUAAAUUUUAAUUUACACGCCUGUACCAUACCAAUAUUUAGUUUUGUUUAGAAAACAAAUGCUCAUAUAGCCCCAUGAAGAACUGUUAUGCCAUAUACUAUUAUUUAAUGUUGUUACUUUCACUUUACCAAUAUGGUACCUUGUUACUACAUAAAACUGAAGUUUAUGACUUAGAAAUGACUAAAAUCCUAAAAAAUGUUAUUGCCACUCUAACUUCAGUCAAUUGUCUUUUGAAUGUAUAUUGUAUUGUAUAUACCACUCUUUGUUCAACCCCUAAUAAAUAAUUUUGUAUGCCUUUCAAAGAGCAGUGUAUCGAUUUGUGAUAAUUUCUCAGUAGAAUAGAGUUGUGUUUCUCAAUAGGUUGUUUCGCGGUUGUCUACUUAAUGUACAAGUUGAGUGUAGAAGCUUUUCUAGUGGAGGAAGUACCCCUCUUUUUAUUAAAUACACGGAAAAUUAGUAAAAUAAAUCCAAAAUCUAGUUAUGUACAAACCUCAAGGAGGCAUUUGUGACAUUUUAAUCUCAGGAUUCACGUUUAUGUCUAAUACAUAGAGAGCAACAGUUUGUUGAAUAAUUUACACAAUGAUGAGUUUGAGUAAUCACAAUAAAUUUGACUUCUUGAAAAAUUGAUACUAUAUUUUCUAAGUGUUUAUUGCCUAAAUGAUGAUGACAAUACUAGGUUAGUAAGAUGUGGAACUUGUACAUUAUGUAGAUCGGGCAUGUUCAUCGUCCAUAGACUAAACUAGACUGGGCUAUGGUCGACAGCGGUUGUUACUAUAGUACCACUCCCUACUAUAGUACAUAGGAGAGAGAUACUCUGAAGCUCCUGCCAGUUCUAAUACUCAGGAGGUUUAUGUCUGCUUUGUUCAUGAUGUGUUUGGUCUUUAUUUUCAUAACUGUUAUUGAUUUAAAGUUAUCGGCUGGAAAUGCAAAACUGACGGGUUGUUCUAAAAAAUUUAUAUAAUAAUCUGUGUACUAUUGAGUAUAAAUAGAGUAUAAAGCAGAUGUGGCUGCUGCAAAAUGCUAAUUUAGUCCAACCACUCUGUAUUUUUUGGACUCUUUACGUAUAAAAUUCUCUAACCCUAAAGUUAUAAAAUUUUCUGAUUUCCUUCCUCCUUUUGGUAUUAUAAAAGGAGAAAGUUCUAGUAAACAUGUUCUAACAACCAUCCAGCCGCUAACAUGCGUAGUUUUAUGCUGUUUUAUGUUGGAAAUACCAUCGACUCCAUGUUUGUAACAUAAGGUCUGUUAUAAAAACAUAUGUUGGCUCACAUUUUCAACACGUGGUGUAAGAUUAAAGAUGAAUUGCACCAUGAAGAUUUACAAGAGCAAAAUAAACCAUACACCUGCAAUUUACUGAGAAAUCUAAUUUUUAACAAUCUUAAUAGUUUUAUGUUGGGCGAACAUAUGUUUGGUUAAUGAUAUUGAUAUCUGUCAAACUACACGCUGUUUGUAUAUACUACUCUAAGCCGUUAUUUGAUAUCACGGACCUUCAGUAUGUCAGUUUGUGGUGAAGCUUUAUUGCGAGAAUUUUUUAUAAAUGUUAUUUAACAAGUCGAGAUUGAAUUUAUGUGAAAAUGUACAAUACAUUAUAUGUAUGGUAUGGAAAUAGCUAUUACACAACAUACUUGUAAAGGUGUAGAGAAGCAGACGAUUACCGUUGUAAUAUUUUCUUUACUUUUUACAAGAAUGUAAUGUACAGGAUAGUUAGAUACAGAAAAAUCAACUGUUCUCCAGAAUUUGACUAUGAUUCGAGACAUUAAAUGUAUCUAAUUAUAUACCUAAGUAUUUAUGUAAUUUAAAUAAUAAAUUAUACUUCUAAGAACUUCAAUCAUACUAAGGUAUAAGUUUAACAAUUAUUUUCAUUGGUUUUUAUUGAAUUGCUACAAUUUGAUGGUUUUUACUAAAUAAAAUGUAGUAUAUUUUAUAAGUAAGGAAGGUAUUGCAACGUAACAUAUUACGUUAUUAUAAUCAACGAUAGUUUUUUUUUGUAUGAAAAUUCUUUUAAGUUGAUGUAAGUGAAAACAGUUCAACAUGAAUCGUUUCGUAAAAAGCUUCGCCACAAAACUAUAUUCUAAGAGGCCGUAUUUAUCUGAAGACUGGUAGAUGUCCUAUGCUUAGUCACAUACCUGCGUGUCAGUUCCUACUAUCAGUUGUUAUCAGUCCUUCGGUUCUUAUCUCUUAUCAGUUGCGCCCGACCGUCCACGGGUGCAAUCACGUUCUAAAGCUAUGGCCUACCUUUUCUUGCUCAACUUUGCGCUAGUUUAGUUCUCUCUUUCGUGCAGGUCCCAAAAGGCCUACAAGUUGUUAGCAUUCAUUUUAACGUUGUUUUGUUUCCAAAUGUUUAUUUUCAUACCGCCAGCUUAUUACAAGAGCUAAAUGGCUGUUGCUAGUGCUUGAUCUGAGGAAGGGUAUGGUUUCGGUGCAUGUCAGAAACAUUUUCUUCUAAAGGAUGGCUUGAGCAGUUGAUUGGUGAUAGGAAAUGACCACAUCUCAGGUCAUCCUCAGCGGAUGUCAGAAAAAUUGUCUUCUAAAGGAUGGCUUGAGCAGUUGAUUGGUGAUAGGAAAUGACCACAUCUCAGGUCAUCCUCGGCGGAUGUCAGAAAAAUUGUCUUCUAAAGGAUGGCUUGAGCAGUUGAUUGGCGAUAGGAAAUGACCACAUCUCAGGUCAUCCUCAGCUGAUCUGUAAUAUUUAAUUCGUUAAUUAAACUAUUUAUUAGCCACGACUACUUUGAACAGUUUGGAAAAUAGUAAGACAGUACAAAAUUACAAUGUAAUACAUCUAGAAGACCAAAAGAAACCAUAUUCAACGAGUAAAAAACUUGAGCUUUGAUUGUAACAAGUAUCUAAUAAAAAAAAGUCACUUUAUCAAUUGGAUCACGAUUAACUAAUAAACCAUACCACUCUCUUGGAUCAUAGUUGAAACAUAGAUAGACCGAAUACGUCAUUCAUAUAAAAUGUAAUUUUUUUUAUUCAGAUCUAUUUUAUCUACUAGACUCAUGGCUGCUAUGUCAGUAGUAUUUUUCUAGGACCCCAUAGUUGCUAGUUUCGGCGCUUCUAUAGAGUUACACACCUAUCUAAACAUAUCCUGUGCUUAUAUAAGAAUAUAUCGAUGUUACUUUUGAUAUGAAGUUGUUGUAAAUAAUAUUUAACGUAUUAUAUUUUGAUAAUUAACAAAUAUAGAUUUGUAUAAAAAGUAAACUAAAGUGUUGGACCUCAAGAUGUAUCGUUGUACCAAUUCAGUUUAUAAAGGAAAUAAAAAGUCAAUGUAAA